AUGAAGCCGAGCACGCUCUACCUUAUGCUCAGUAUGGCGCAGCUGACCAUGUGCGCUCCUAUAUUGAUGGACGGGGCGGAGCAUCCAAGGGAGCUCACGGAAUCAGCCCUCGAUAUUGAAACGGCUCUCAGAACGCAGUCGACGGUCUUCCCACCCAAUGCGCGCGAAGCGGAUAGGCGCGGGGCUUCAUCGUCGCCUCUGCGGAAAACGCCGUACCCGGUCCCAGAAUACCUGCCGCCAGCUUCGGACCACGGCACACCCGAUGCAGCGCAACCAUUACCUUUGCGCAAAACGCCAUACCCCGUCCCAGAAUUCAUACCGCCGCCUCCAACACGCCUCUCGCCCGAUGCGGCUUCACCAGGGGCCUCCCGGGGAGUGGUCGACGCCGGGGUUCCUCCUGACCGGCUGUCGUCCCCUUCACAUGACGUCGUGGUGCUGUACCCCAAAGGCAUAUCUUCCCGCGCGCACAACGACGUUCUGGUAGUGAUUGUGGCGAUCGCAUUCGUUAUUGUGGUUGUCAUCAUGGAGAUGACGUGGAACCCCAUCCGGAGCCAAGGGAGCAUUCGGCUAGAGGACGAGGCGCCAAUAUCAACUCGAAGAGACCCGGUGGCUCAAUAUGGUGUACGCGGUGAGGGCCGGCGUAGCGAAUGGUUCCUGGCGUUUUGCGUCAAGGUCAACGCCGUCUAA